AGCAUCGAUGAAGGUUUAACAAGAAAUGGGAAGGCUACAAGGCUGUUAAAUUUAUCCAUAAAGAUAAUUUUUAUGAAGGUAACGCACCAAGCAGUAAAACUACCCGCUUGUUCAUAAAUAAUUAGUACAUAAUGCAUAACUAUAAAUAAAGUCAUCUUUGACCUUUUUUCUAAAAUUAAUUUACAAAAUUUCAAAUUCUGGAACAUGGUCCUAGUUAUCGUGAAAAGUUACGCUGUUACCGUGAAUCGUCUUCGGUGGCGGGAAGUGCUGGGUGAAAAUAAUUUUUUGAGAACGAAUGACUUAACUUUUGCGCGCCAAAGUACAUACAUAAGAGUACGUCAUGUUUUUUAAACACGUGAAAGCAUUCAUUGCUCAGUCGCUGGAGGAAACCGACCACGACGGAACCCAAGUUAGGAGAAAAAAAAAAGUUCAAUGGUAAUCCCUCGCCCUCACGCCCCACUUAUUACGGAGUAAAGUCGCGGUGACAUCCAUAAAACAUAUGUCAAUGGAGGCAUUUGUCUACAAACUUCGAUCGCAUUAUACAUUUUGGGGAUAUUAAAGAGCUUAUUAAAUAAUACAUAGUCAUUGUAAGAAAGAUUUACAUCGAGGAUACGGUUGCACGAAUGACACGAAGCAACGAAGGUCAAGCGCAUGAAGUUUAAAUACUCUUACAGUGACAGGGUCGAUUGGGAUUGCGCAACGAGAUUGCAGAAAAUUAGCAAUCGGUAUCUCGAGCGAAAAAAAGGUCCCCGAGGUUUCGUAACGAGUUAAGGAAAGACGGGUUAUUAAGCGGUGAAAAGAGAUUGGGCGUACUCCCCUUCGGAGAUUGGUAACCCAGACCUUCGCCGGCCGAAUCUUUACCUCCAGCCUCGGAGUUACAUUGUCCGCCUCUAUGGCCGUCGUCUGUCCCUCUUUCUUCCUCCCACCCCGUUCCUAUCCUCGCUUUCUCUCUUUCUCUCCUGUCAAAUUAGAGACCUCACCCGAGAGGACCGGUCAGUGACGAAAUUCGGUGGCACGGCAGCCCCUCGGUUUUUUCGGUAUAUAAACCAGACCGUGAAACUUCGAUCAUUGUCAUAUCUUCUCGACUCGCAGUCGUGAGCACAUCGAAACCCGAUUCAAAAAUGUUCAAGUUCGUAGCCCUCAGCGCCCUCUUGGCCGUGGCGAGAGCCGGCCACCUUCUGUCCGCCGCCCCGGCAGUGGCCUACAGCGCGGCUCCGGCCGUGUCCCACGUGACCUAUGCCGCUGCAGCCCCGGCCCACGUGACCUACGCAGCUGCGGCUGCGCCCGCAUACGGCUACGCCGCCGCGCCUGCCUACAGCUACGCAGCUGCUCCCGUAGCCAUCCACGCACCCGCCGUCGGCUCCUCCCACCAGAGCACGGUGCGCUCCCUUGACGGAAACGCGGCCGUCUCCCACUACAGCAAAGCCGUCGACACAGCCUUCUCUAGCGUGCGCAAAGUGGACACGCGCAUCACCAACGACGCCAAGUACUACGCGCCCGCCCUGACCUACGCCGCUGCCGCGCCCGCUCUGACCUACGCCUCUGCCGCACCCAUCGUCAAGGCCGCGCCCGCAUAUACCUACGCCGCUGGACCCGCAUACAGCUACGCAGCUGGACCCGUCGUCAAGGCCGCGCCCGCCCUGAGCUACUCCGCUGCACCUGCCCUCAGCUACGCCGCCUCCGCGCCGGCAUAUACCUACGCCGCAGCUGCCCCCGUAGUUAAGGCCGCGCCCGCAUACACCUACGCCGCUGCGCCCGCAUACAGCUAUGCGGCUGCGCCCGUCGUCAAGGCCGCGCCCGCAUACACCUAUGCCGCUGCCACCCCCAUCGUCAAGGCCGCACCCGCCCUGGCCUACGCGCAUGCAGCCCCCGCCGCAGUCGUCUCCCACGCUUCCUUCAGUGGAAUCGGUGCUUCCUACAGCUGGUAAACGUAUGGACCGACCUCUUGGAACUUCCCCGCUCACGAUUUUCCGUAAAAACCACACCCACAAUAUGUAACGUUACCAAUCCCUGGUGAGUUUUCUCAGUCGGCAUUCGAUGCAGUUAAGAUAAUUCCUGAAAUUCGCGUUUAUUUUCGUCUUUUUCAUGUUUUUCAUUCUUAUUGGUUUUUUUGGAAAAUGGUGAGCAAGAUGCUGUAACUGAUCCCGUCGCCGGGACCGUGCUAUGUAUUAUUGGUAGUGCGGUUCCGCCCGUCUUGGUUUACGUGAAUGUGCUUAGAGUCGCACCCGGUACCGCUCCCGUAGCUGUAACUGCAGCGCGUCGUAUCACUGAAAGACUCGUUACUUCUGGUGUACACCCUGAAGACGACAGAUCCGAUAAUCUGGAGAUUCACCCGAAUGCCUAGUUUACUCGAUUCCAUGUUCCACGUGGGAACGUGAAUUGACUUGUAAACCCAGAUAGUAACCAGUCUUUGAUUUCACUAAGAUCAUCGGCCCGAAGCUGAGAGCCGGGCUGGAACAUUUUUGGAAGGACCUCUCACGUGCUUACAACUGUAACGAUAUUAUUCUAUUUAUGUGUACAUAAAAUAUAAUAUUGUUUGCAAAAUAAUACGGCGUUGUUCUUCCUGAUACCUCGUAGCUGUAAGGAGAUAACGACAAUACAGUGGUAAUCCAUGCAACAGCAGGCUUACCCUACAAGUCGUAUAUUUCGAAACAAACUUUUGGAAACUCGGGCGACUUUUGACUCGACUCAUACGGCAUUGCGUAACUCGGGAGAGGUUUACCUACUCUCGAUUUACCAUCCAGAUACGAGCACGCGCGAAUCGUAAAUGCGUGGAUACUUUUAUGUCGGGCGUGGUCGGAGGGCACCCUGCCCAUGACUUACUUUCACCCAGCCCCCUAAGGGGUUCUCGCAAAAAAGAAAAGAAAAAAGAAAAAAAAAUCGCUAACCUUCGAAUCUCGCCCGUUUCGCGUGAAAUCCAACUCCCGAGGGACGGGGAAGAUUUUACCUUGGCCGACUCAACGAGCACGUUCUCCAAAAGGGACAAAAUCGCAGUUUCUCGCGAACAAUGAUCCACUUUUUUCUCCACAUUAAGAAGUGAAAGUAUAUCAUUCCGACUUAUAAGCAAUGAGAGUAUAAACGGCCGGUAAUCUUAGCAAAUGAAAAUUGAUGGACCAUUAUUUGGUGGAUGACAGGAAAAACUGAGAAGAGAUCUCCUUAUGCGUUGAGACUUUCCCAGCACGGUUUCUUGAUAAUAAAUCCAUCCGCUGGUUAGAACUCGAUAGAAAUUUCUUUAGUUAUGGAGUAUCGGUAAACCGAAAGUGAGCAACCCGUUACGAAGAAAUUAGGUAAAGAACGACUCCACUAGUUUUAUCAAUGUAUCAGGUAUAUGGUUUAUUCUUCUAAUCGAGUGUAGAUGCGCUACGUGAGAGUGAAAAUGGAGGUAUGCUGAUGAAUUCGGAUCGACGGUAUUAGUAAAACAUAUCGUGAUACGUCCAUUCCGUGAAAUCCACGCGAUAGAUCUUAGUGUCUAGUUUAAAUAUCGGAUAAAUUAGAUUAACGACUAAAUCGCGUUCGAGUCAGCCGAGGCUACCUUUACGUACACUAAAUCGCUCGAAUGAACCAGGUACAAGUUUCCAUUUUGCACUUCGACUCUUAGAUUCAUUACAACUUGCCCAACGCCUGGGAGCGCGUCAACGUAUUGUUAUAACAUUCGAAAUAUCAUCAAGUCGAGGUAUCAGCGUUUUCAAUAACUUAAGUGUUUCCCAACAUUACGGCCGACGGAAUUCCAUGAUAAAUUGAUCCAAGAGAAAGAGAGAAAAAAAAAAA